UGUGGAUUUGUGUCGCGGGCAUGGCGGGGAACUAACUGGGUUUUGGGGCCGACUCCCAAGGACAGCAAACGAAGCAAAGGCUUUGCUUCAAUCAAGCCCCGCCCGACGAUGAAGCUGGCUUCGAAUUAGAACUCGGGUGUUGAUGGCGCCAGGGUUUGCAGCUUCUCAACGAGACCAAUUCUGCAGCUCGGGUGGUGGUGGUGGUGUUGUUUGUUUCUCAGGGACGCGUCGAUGGUGUGUUAGGGUUUAGAGGCAGGAGCCGGUUUCGUUGAUGGCGGUUUAGUUUGUCCAUCAGGAUGGCUCAUUAAGCAGCUGGCGUUGACUGAUCGUUGUGGUGAAGCGGUUCCUGAGAUUUUUUGUUUUGUUUUUUGUUCCUGUAUUGUGACCGAUCGUCACAAUGUUCACGCCAGGACGUGCAAGGAAACCGGCAAGUCGAGUGAAGGAGAGGGAGAGCUACGGGGGAGGAGAGGUUGCCGCGACGCCGAAAUCGGUAGUGCCGCUGCCUUAUGUUGCUCCCUCGCGUGCUCUGCCAUCGCCGUGGCCCUCACCUGCUCCCAAUGCUGCCAGACCCUCACCUGCCCCUACUGUUCCCAGGGCUAGUGUUGUUCGAAAUAGCGACAAAGCUGCAACUGCCGAUGGCAACCACCCAGUGUUUGUGUGCGACUUGCCUCAGCAGCUGCUCAGUUCCCAUGGCGACGCGACUUUUGCCACUCAGCCAGAAGGGGCUGUAUUACAAGGUGGAAUGGACCAAGGGAGUGGAUUGUCAUGGAUUCUGCAAGGAAACCAGUUAUAUGUUUGGAAUAACCUUCGCAGUAGCCAGAGGUGUGUCUUGGACAUGCCACCACUGGGAACGAUAAGCACAGAAGAGAAGUGGUUCGUUUCUCUGGUACCACAUUGGACAGAUGAAAACUUGGAGGUACAGUACAAGGGUUGUAGUGCAGUGAGUGUGGUUAUGUGUUCCAGUAAAUCACUAGCGUUGGUUUACUGGUCUGAUGCUUUUUCAAAUGGAGACAAACCAGCAAUCACAAGCAUGGAUUCCGAAGACACUUCAAUGCUGGAUGAUGGCAGCCGAAGUAGCCGCAGGGCAUCUGGCGGCUGGACAGAAGGUUCAGGUACUUCAGAAGUCACAUCUAUCCAAGCAUCAGCAACAGGCAGUCAAACUACUUGUGUGGCCAUUGUGAGCCGAGCUGACGGAGAGCUCUGGAGAUUUGACUGUUGUGCCGAUGGUGUAUCACGGGAGAGGAUAUCACGUGAUGCAACAUCAAGUGAAGUAGGAUACAGCAUAUUUUUGUCGGAGACCUGCAGUGUGAGGAGAAUUGUUUGGCGGUCACCACCUCGGGGCGCAUCUCGUGAAUUUUUGCUAUUGACGUCUCAAAGUAUUGAAUGCUGGGAAGUGGAACUCACUUUAAGAGGGAAUGUUUCCAAGUCUUGGGUCUAUGAACUUUCGAAUGAUAAAGACGUUAUGUCGGACUUUUCUGGACAGAAACAAGUUUGGCUGCUCGACUUACAGGUGGAUGAAGAAGGGGAGCAGUUAGUGAUGUUAACGGCGUCAUUUAGCAGUGGGAGUACAACCUACAUGCAAUAUCUCCUUCAUUAUUUUAGUUGUUCCAGUAAAAGAGAACCUAAACGCAAAGCACCUCCUCAAAUCAUUCUUCCUAAGGCCCAAGUGGAAGAAGAAUCAUUUUUUUACUCAAUGCGUUUACGGAUAGGAGGGCAGCCGGCAGGGUCUGUCGUCAUUCUUGCUGAGGAUGGGACAGCCACGGUCGCUCAUGUAGGUCGAAGUGGUGCUGUCCAUUUGUAUAAGUUUGAAAUAGUCGGUGGAGAUGGGAAGGUAUUGGAUGCGUCUGUAGUCCCUGCUGAUGACGGAGGUGCAUGGAUAGUGCUCACAGAGCAGGCUGGUGUUUGGGCCAUUCCAGCCAAGGUAGUUUUGGCAGGAAGGGUGGAGCCCUCUGAGAGGAAUCUUGCUAAUCAUGAAAUUAGCUACCCCUCGAUCAACGACGACCGAUCCCAACAUGUUUCAGGUGAAGCCUUGGCGCUGCAACGAUCGAGCUCUGAGGCUGCUGUAGGCGACAAUCCGGAUCACGGCAUGAUUUCUCGGCCUUCGCAAGAUGAAGAAGCAGAAGCUAUUGUGGGACGAUUAUUUCAGCAAUUCCUAUCCUCUGGGCAAGCGAACGAAGCUUUUGAAAAGCUGCUGCGUGCAGGAGCAUUUGAAAGGGAUGGCGACAAGAAUGUCUUUGCUCGUUCUAGUCGGGCACUAGUUGAUACAUUUGCAAAGCAUUGGGCAUCUGGAGGUGGAUCUGGAUUGGCUAUGGUUGCCACUGUAUCAUCGCAGCUUGCUGAGAAGCAGAGAAGGCACCAGCAAUAUCUGAAUUUUCUUGCAGUGUCCAAGUGUCACGUGGAACUUCAGAACAAUCUGAGAGCGGCUCUCAAUGAAAUUUUGGAGCAUGGGGAGAAGCUGGCAAGUAUGGUAGCCCUCAGAGAGUUAAAUAAUUCUCGUGCCCAGCUAAAACCUGCAUCCCCUACAAUGCUAUCGCAGUUUAAUGGUGGGGAUAUGAGUGGAGCCAUAUGGGACUUAGUACAGCUUGUGGGAGACAAGGCGCGAAGAAAUAACGUUGUUCUCAUGGACCGGGACAAAAUGGAGGUCUUCUAUACAAGGGUGUCCGGGCUAGAAGAUUUUUUUUGGUGCAUACAGCAGCAUGCUGCUUUUCUAGUCCAGCGUGACCAAGCAGUAAGAGUCCAGAUCGAGCGUGCAUGUGAGCUUGCUAAUGCCUGUAGAACAAUUCUACAGGUUGCUAUAUCUUACCGGGAUACUCAACAAGCAUGGUAUCCUUCACCUGAGGGCAUUACCCCUUGGCACUGCAAGCAGAAUGUUCGUUCUGGUUUGUGGAAGAUUGCGACUAUGCUAUUAGAGCUCAAGGUGGAGGGAGACAUGAGUGAACCAACAUUGACAGCGGAGGUGAUGAGACAGGUAGAAGAAAUUGCAGACUUUCUAUUGGAAGGCUAUGCUGGUGCUAUUACUGCCAAAGUGGAACGGGAAGAGGAGUACCGGGGACUGCAGAUGGAGUAUUGGACCCGCAGGGACCUUCUUCUCACCGCUCUUCAACAACAUGCUUUUCAAGUUGCAACACAGAACGCUGGAAGGGGUGAAAACGCCGAACAACAAAGACUCAGUAUUUUGCAGAAGCUAUAUGCGCCACUUAUAGCGCUCGCUCGGCGCCAUGCAGCCUUUCCCAGCCUCCUUCAAAUGUGCACCGACCUCGACGACCAGAAGCGCUUGCGUACCCUCAUGAAAGAAAGCAUGGGGCUAAAGGAAGGUCGUUUUAGUCGCUUCGUGUUUGAUCAAUGCUAUCAACAAGGUCAAUAUGCCCGUCUACUUCGUUUUGGGGAAGAAUUUGGAGAGGAGGUUUCGGCCUACCUCGAGCAACACCCUCUUCUUUUAUGGUUGCAUGAGCUAUUUCUGUGCAGAUUUACUCGAGCAUCUGGCACGUUGCAUACCUUGGCCUUCUCUCAAAAGUCUGCACCUCUUAACAUCAGCCAUCGACGGAGGCUCUUGCAACUUGCAAAGCUGUCUGCACUGGCAGGAGGGGCAGUAGGAGCAGAGGAAGAAGUUAGUCGUUUGGAAGCAGAUAUGGAUAUCCUUGCAGUACAGGAAGUGGCGACAAAAUUGGGAGUACUUGGGGAGGAUGUCGUUCAACCAGUUCAGUUAGUGGAGGCUUGUUUGAAUAGUGGCUCCAGGGAGCUAACAUUGUGUGCAUUUCGGGUGUUCACAAGUGCUGGUUCCAAAUUUUGCAGUGGAAAUUAUAGCCUGCUGGAACAAGCCUGGCUGCGAGCAGUUGACCAGGAUGAUUGGUUGGGCAUGAAGCGGACUUCGGAGGAGGAGGGUUGGACUGAAGAUCAUACUAUGCAAGUUAUACAGGAUUCACUUCUCUACCAGGCCUCUAGGCACUGUUAUGGAGAAUCGCAUUUGAGCAAUUUUGCUAGAGAUGUGAGUACAGAAUCAGUUGAGAAAGUGAUAGCAAAGCAUCCAAGCUACUCGGAAGCUGGACAGGCGAUGGUCACGGCGUUUAGGUUAGGCUUUUAUUUUGGCAGUGAUCUGCCAGAUGGAUCGCAAGACGGAGAUAGUGAGCAAAUGGUUGAAAUAUAAGUGCAAUGUAUGCGCUUCCUUACCUUCAGGAUUGUUCUUCACAAGUGCCCUUAUUCAUCAAGUGCAUAUAUGCAAAAGAGGCAUCAAGAGACAAUGAUAGUGACAGCUCAAGCUUUGUGCUGAGGUUUUGGACGUGGGUGAUCGAGUGAACGAUGUCGAGCUGAUUCUGUUUCUGAAAGAGCACCGCGUAAUCGUAGUGCCAACAAUAUUCAAAUUCGAGGCGACUUCGUAAAGCAUCCAUCCACGCAAGUGAAUGAAGUGUCGAGUUACUAGCCUGAAAGAGUGUUUAAGUAGUGUCGAGUACCUUCAAGUAGGGAAACAGGACCAGAUCGAUGAGGUUAGGACCCACCAACGUAUUUGUCUGCCCAUUCAAGGGUGCUGGUUAUGUAUUGAUUCGGCAGAGGGUUGUCGCAUGACGAAUACCUGUCGAUUGUAUUUUCUUCCAUUUAUGCUGUGACGUAAUUAUUUCAUGUCUAUCUGCUACUUA